UUAAAUGUCACAGACAAGCCAGGCGCAAAGUGAUAUUGUGCUUGCUCAACUCAGAUGUGGAAAUGCUGCAAACUUAUAUAUUAUCGUGAAAUCGCUUCAUGAAGUGUAGAAAACGAGCCAUAUUCUAAACAAUUAAAAACUUCAGGUUUUUUUUUCAAUUCAGAUUUUACGACACUAUUUGUCUUGCAACUUUGAUUGGACCACAUGGAAGUUACGGUUCCCGCAGUGCCGCAAGACGGCUCGAAAACUUCGCCAGGAUCAAACCUUCGUAAAAUGAAACAAAGCCGGUUGCCUUUUCAACUUUUGUCAACAUCAACGGUGAAACCUUCGGAGGAGUUGAGCGAAGCACGGAAGAGAAAACCGUCGACGGAAGCAUUAGAUGCCGGACGAGUAGCAAAAGCUGGUCGUGUAUGUGAAGUUAAUGAGAAUGGUCCGACCGUGUCAACGAAAGAAAAGCGCAAUGCCAAGCAACCUGCUAACAAUGCAGAUGAACCAUCCGAAUCAGCAGUGUGCGGUAGUGGUGUAUCCCUGUCGACAGGAAAAACGAAAAGACAACAAAAGAAACUCGAUGCUGAUAGGAUUGAUUCGCCAAAAAUUUUGAUAAAACUCCCGAUUCGAAAACGAAAACGUAAUUCCGUAGAUAAAAUGAAACCGAAAAAGAAAAAGGCAUUUGGUGAAGAAAUAAUGAACUUUAGAGGUGACAUUGAUGAGACAAUAAUUUUGGACGACACCGACCUAUCAGAUGAUGGUGCGGAUGCGUCGGGAAGUAAUGGUUCCGUGAGUGCGAAAAAAGAACUGCCUACUAUGGAAAACAAACAACUGUACGGUGCUGAGAAGGAAGAUAACAAAAUAUUGGCUUCAAGCUCGGUAGAAGAAAGCGAAAAAAGAUUUGCUGAAUCAAACAAAAUCAAAAUACAAACAACUUCAUCAUCUGAAUCUUUAGAUACGCGCGGAAGUAACACGGCAGUUGGUCCUUCAGAAGGGAUUGUUGAAAAUGAAUCGGGUAACAUUAUGGGGCUGGACACAUCUUCCAACAUUGAUUCGAGCGAGGAAGACAUUUAUUUACUCUGCACUCCGGAUUCAAAAAAUUUUCCAAACGAAGAUGAAAAUAAGGUUCGUAAACUAACUCCGAAGCAGCUUGCUCGUCGUCAGGACUACGAAAAGCGCCGAGAACUGAAGCAACAAGAGAAACAAGAAAAGCGUCGCAAAUUGCAAGAGGAACGCAAAGAGAAGGCUCGCGAAAAAGAGGAGCAAGAGCGACAGCGUAAAAAGGAACGCGUCGAAAAGGAAGAUCAAAAGCGUAGAGAACGAGAGGAAAAGGAAGAGAUGAAACGUAAAGAUCGGGAAGAACGCGAGGAACAAAAGCGCAAAGAGCGCGAAGAAAAAGAAGAACAGAAGCGAAAAGAACGCGAAGAAAAAGAGAAAAAACGACAAGCUGAAAUUGAACAGAAAAAUGAAGAGAAGCGCUUAAAAGAAGAAGAACGUCGCAGGAAAGAGGAGCAAAAGGAAGAGGAAAGAAAGCGAAAGGAAGAAGAAAAGGAAGCAGAGGAAAAGCGAAAGCAAAAGGUGGCGCAAGCUUUCACUAGCUUCUUCGUCAAGAAGUCGCUGAAUGGAGGUGGUCCUGUAAAAGCUUCGGAUGAUGAAAAUUCCGUCGAAUCUUCGUCGGUAGGUGUCGCGAUGAUGAGUGCAGGUACGGGCUUAGGCCAUUCGCGAUUUAUGCCGUUCUGUGUGAAAGGAGACAUGCGAUUGGCGCCAACGGUGCGUAGGGUUCUCCAAUCGGUCCAGCGAGAUAAUUUAGAUAAGAUGUUGCAUAGUGCAGAGGGCCAGCAAAUAUUCGAUCGCACUCAUCUCUAUCUUGAGCUGUUGAAGAGAAAAUUACAUAAACCGUUAAAAACUGACCGUACGUGGAAUGUAGAGGAUGACGAGGAAACCGAUGACAUUAUGGUUGUUGAUGAAAACGUGUGUCAUCAGAUUGAGGUGGAUCCGGGAAAAUUGAAGGAAAAGUAUAAAACAAAAUUUUUCCUCUUUGUGGAAAAUCGUCGUCCACCGUAUAGGGGAACUUGGCGUAAACGAAGCAGAUAUAUUAGCGCACGUCGUCCCUUUGUGCAGGACACCGAAUGCUUCGACUACGAAAUCGAUUCUGACGACGAAUGGGAAGAGGAAGAGCCGGGAGAAUCCCUUGACGGGAGUGACGAUGAAAAGGAUGUAGAUCCGGAAGAAGAAUACGAAGUGGACAACGAAUUUUUCGUACCUCACGGGCACUUAAGUGAUGAAGAGCUGCAUGCAGCGGAGGAGGAUGGUGAAAUCGGCGACGAAUCAAUGACACAGAAAUUUAAGUUAAAAUUUUUGCAGCAAGAGUUUGUGGCGGAGAUGAAAAAAAAGACGGAAAAGAUCAAACCCCGAUUGAUUGGCUGCGUUUGGGAGAGAAGCUUAAAUGGUGACGACGUUGAGGAGGCAAAUCGUUUCAUGGAAUGUUCGGUAAUAAUACGAAAAAUGUUAGACGAUCGCGCUAUGCUUUACAACCCGGACGAACCGAUCUCGUUUACACGGCCCUCUUCCAAGGUAUGUAAUGGGAGCAGUAGUGCGAUAAAUGAACAGGAUGCGACAGAUGCAAUGUCGCCGAGUAAAGAUCUUGAAAAAUCGAGCUUAAAGAAGGUUAAAAUAACAGAUGAUGCGAUCCGCGAUUUGGCUCGAUUGAUGCAUGGAAAUGUCAACAAUCGCAAGUUUUUGGUCCGUGAGUUUCAUGCUUUUUGGGCUAGUUGUAACGAGUCGGUUGAUUUGAGUUUGGAGAGCAUUAGGAACAAGAUUAAGGAAAUUGCUCAGUGGGGUACGUGUCGUUCGGCAGGACCGAUGGAGGGAAAAUUAUGUUGGACAGUUGAGAGAAGUGUGCUCCAACAGUACGACCUGAUGGAUUUAACUUUGCCAAACGAAUGGAAGUAUCAUUUGCAGAAACGUCCGCGUACAGAAAAACAAGAAAAGAAAACGAAUUUGAAGCAAGAACUUAGAGCUAACGUUGAAAAGUUCAAUAGCGCUACAAGCAAAAUCGAUGGCCACAAGGAGGAAGUUGAUGGUAAUUCAGUAAAUAAGGUCACAAAGGACCAAAUUUCAAAUAUUGAUAGAAGCCUGAAUACAUUGCCGGAGAUGGAACAGAUGGAUAAGGGCAAAACUAAACCAUCGAUCGUGCAUGAUAGCGGUGACAGUAGCCACAAAGGAGAAAGUAAUGACACCGAAUGUCCGAUUGCCACUAAAUCCAAAAAGCGUGUGCCUCUUCUGAUGUCCGUCCCGCGUGGCCAAAACAUAAAUCAGUCAACGAGAAACAGCCUUAUCAGCCAAUUCUUGCGUAGAGAAAGUAGUAUUAAAACCAAACCCAUAAUAGCGGAUGUGGAAAAAUCUGACGAUGCAGUUAUUGAAAUAGAUUGAGUGAUUGUUAUUAGACAGUUGGAUCAGAGUACAUAAAAUAUGCAUUAAUUAGAUACUUUUUUCUAUGAUUACUCUUUAACGUGUUAGGACAACUUGGGAUGAAAAAUUUAUAUAUCAAUUAUAGCGAUAACAGAGAUCAAAGGGAACUUGGCAUGCGCUUGUUGACAUACAUGUUUAAACCCGAAAAACGCAAAUAAUAAGCAAGACAAAAGCAAAAAUGGGGUAUAUGAAAAAUAUGAAAGAAUUGAUCAUAUAUUUCAUGUUCAUGUUUAGCCAUUAAAAUAGUUCUUACUUGACAACACGUCACUAUUUCAGGAACAGCGUUGCGGGUAAAUUUGUUAUGGCACUAUUGAUGGCGUGUAAAAAAAAUUAAAGAUAAUCUACAAACAAUACCGUAGGCCAGACCGUACACCCUUUCGAUUCAACACAGUUCUGAAUACUAGCCACAAGUGCAGUGCCCUUAAGUUCUUCUGCAGACGGAGUAGAGGACAGUCGUAGCAAAAGUAUAGCCUAAAAGUAAAAGCAUCUGCGACUGAAGUAGAUAAAUAAGAAUAGCGGGUCCAAUAUAAUAAUGAAAAGCAUUAAAUUUUGCUA